UACUGCAGAUCAGUUAAAAACAAGAUCGGUCGCUGGAAGAACAUGUAAAUCUGUUCGCGGAAUACAAGAAAAGAAAGAAAAUCGAAUAUAAAAAAAAAUAAAUAAAUAAAAAAUAAUAAAAUCUCGGCAAAUAUUGGAUGGUUUUUGUUCCCACUAUAUAAUAUUGAAAUAUAAAAAAAUUCAUACAUACAUACAUAUUAACAUACAUGCAUAUAUGCAUAAGUAAAUACAGUUUACGUGUAUACGAAUUUGUAUACUUUUACGUAUGUAUGUACAUUUGUUUAUAAAAUAUUGUUGAUGUUGUUGUAAUUGUUAAUAUGAUAAUUUUUAAUAUUAUUUGUUUAACAAUGUCUGUACAAAUAUACAACACAUGCAUAAUAGUAUAUACAUACAUACAUAUGUACAACCAAGUUCAACGACAACAAAAACAUCAUCACAUCUCACUGUGCAGUAAAAUUCAUGUAAAAUUAUUUUACAGGAAUUGAAAAAAACACACAAUUGUAUAAUAUAUUUACAUACAAACACAGUUAAAAUUUAAAUAAAAAAUACUUAAGGGAAAAAAUAACAAAACAAGUUAAAAUUACUGAAUAUACAAAAAAAAAAAUGCAACAAUUGUAAAGUACAUAAAGUAAAAAAAAACUAGAAUUAAAAUUAUGAAUAUUUGUAUAAAAAUAAUACAGACAUAAGUAAUUUGUUGGAAAAAAACAAACACUUUCUACAGAGCAUCGAACCUUACAUCUUUAAAAUUUAAAAAUUAAAGCUUCGUAAACUGUUUAAAUACUUAAAAACUAACAAAAUUAAUAAAACAAUUUUUCUUAACAUACUGAAACAUACAUACAUACGCCAUUUCGCCAUACAGAGUAGAAUUGAAAUUUCAAAGAGAAUUAUUCAGGCCAACAAAUUUUUAAACCAUAGAAUUAAAAUUGAUAGUAUACUUGUCUAAAGGAUAAAGCUGCACUCUAUCUGGAAUUACGCAUCAUAUCAGGUUUUUGGCAAUAUUUGAAACUAAACCUUUAUUUGUAAACCGAGAAGAUACCUAUAUACAUAUGUUUGUGAAUUUUGUUUUUUAUCAUAUUAAUCGCCUUGAAAAUAAAAGCAUAACCAUUGUUAUACAUAUCUUCUUUUGACAAAAACUUUUUUUACAUUUCGUAUAUCACAAUACACAUAUCACAAUUUGUCAUAUUUUCUCCUAUAAAAAUACUUCUUGAUUCUUUUAUUGACUCUUGUAUUUGCUGAGAUAUCGUCCACUGAAGUUUUUGUCGUAAAAUACAUAAACAAUCCAUUUUUCAAAUUUAUAGUUGUUUCAUGCUUUAGGUUAAGAUAUGUAUAUCAGAGAAGUAAGAAGUGGUAAGAACUUUAUUUUAAAGUCGACAGUGAAGACUUUCAGACGCCCAAAAACCGCAUUUUUUAAAUUUUAGGAUGAUGAGAUGUAGAAAUUCUGAUGCCAGAUUUUUAACACAACUCAAUCCCCAACAAACAUAUUCUUUGGUGUCUAGGUUUGACUUUUUAAUUCGAAUUCUGCACUAAUUAAUAUGUACUUUUAAUAUAGAUUUUUACCUAAUUAAUGUGGCUAAUUUUGAUUUAGAAUAUAUACAUUAAUCUAUCCUUAAUUGGUAUUUGAAAUCGUCAGAUUUUAUUAUAUUUUAAGAAUAACAAUUUAGAUUUUCAGCAAAUAAAACAGAUAAAAAAAACAAACAAAAAUAUUCAGAGACUUGAAGUUGAGAGUUUUUUAGUGUGUUUGUAAUCAAUCUGUAAUAAUGAUAAUCUCAAAAGAUCUUUUUAUUUUUGGCGAACAUAUUUUUGGCACAAUUAUACCAGAAUCAUCGGGAAGUAUAUCAGCGUCAGCAGUUACAACAACAACUACAACAACAGUUACAUCAACGUCGACAAUACCGCCAAUUAAUACAACUUCGUCAAAUUACCAACAUCAUAAUCGACAUCACCACCAGCAGCAUCAGUAUGACAACACUCAUCAAUCAAAUUGUUUUCAUUCAAUUGAUCAAAAUGACGAAAUGUUUAAUCAAUUGAGUGUUGACUCAACAAUGAUGUCUGAAGAUGAGGAGUCAACACCAUGUGAAAUUAAAACAAAGAAUACCAAUCCAAUACUAACAGAAGAAUUGGAGAUAACAAAUGCAACAAACCUUAAACAACAUUAUAUAACAUCAUCAUCGUCACAAUCAUCAACAUCUCCCUGCUGCCUUUCAUCCGGGAUUUCUACGAUUCAUUCUCAAACUAAUGUCAACGAGAGAUUGUAUGCAUUUAACUCAUGUCUGCAUUCCAAAGAUAAAAUUAAACCUACUUCAUCGACUGAUGGUGUUUUAGACUCUUUCCAGUCAAAACAACAGUCAGGCACUAUCGAGUCAGAGAAAAUGCAAAAGAUCCAUGGUGAUCGAAAUCAGCACAAAGUAAUGUUGGAUAAAAAUUCAAGAAAUGAAUCAUCAACGUCGGUGGCAAUACCCUUUUCAACAGAACCUCAAAGAAACCUGCAAUUGUCAUUUCAAAAUGUAACGGUAUUACACAACGAACGAAAAAUACUGAAUGAUGUCAGUGGUAUCGUGAGUCCGGGCGAAGUUUUAGCAAUAAUGGGCCCAUCUGGCAGUGGAAAGACUACUUUACUUGAUUGCCUCAGUGGUCAGAGGCGCAUUGAUUGUGGAAGUAUUCAUUUAAAUCGAGAGAUGUUGUCCAAAAAAUGGCGUCGAAAAAUUUGCUAUGUCCUGCAAGAGGAAAUCUUUUUUUCGGGCCUUACCCUGAAGGAGACCGUCAUGUAUACAGCCCUAUUACGUUUGCCCGAAGAAAUACCGGUGACAGAGAAAGCGAAACUAGUUGAUGAUAUUUUACAAUCACUUGAGUUGACUUUUUGUCAGGAUACAAAAUUUGGAGAUUAUAUGAACAGAGGGCUGUCGGGUGGAGAAAAGAAAAGGGCUAAUAUAGCGUGUGAACUUUUAACCAAUCCACUAUUAAUGUUAUUGGAUGAACCUACUUCAGGCUUGGACAGCCAUUCGGCAAUAUCGCUCAUGAAAAUUUUAAAACGUUAUGCCACUGAAGAACAAAAAACCAUUGUGAUAACUGUUCACCAGCCAUCAUCUCAAAUGUUUCAUAUGUUUGAUAAAUUAUUGUUACUUUACAAUGGAACAACAGCUUAUUUUGGUGAGGUCAAAGACAUUUAUAGAUAUUUCGAAAAUAUUGGCGUUUCAAUAAAACCUCAUUAUAAUCCAGCUGAGUUUGUACUCGAACAAUUGAAAUCUAACCCCGAUAUCCGCGAAAAAUUAUUUGUGGCCGCAAAAGAAUCUCACGGCAACUUUCUAAACAGAAAUUGUAUUAUACAAAGUGGUUUCAUAAAUGUUCACAUGGAUACAAAGCCAAAGAAUCAUCAAUUAAUUGCUCCUAUUGAUGUCAACAACAAGCAUUCGUCACAACGUGAUGCUCUGAUCACCGAUAUACUCAGUAAUUAUUACAAAGACGUGCAUAAAAAUCAUAGUCAAAAUAUAAUUUUAGUAAAUGAUCAUCAUGAUAUUGAACAUCAGCAUCAUCAUGAUGACCUUAAUGGCGUCGAGGAGGCAACUCAACAACUAUGGAAUGGCGGCGAUUCACAAUCCAACUUUAGCUCUGCAUCAAGUUGUUGCCGCAGUAGGGAUUGGCUUGACUAUCCCACAAGAUUUUACACCCAAUUUCAUGUUCUGUCAAGUCGAAAUUUUAAAGAAGCGAAAUCCCGUAUGUUAUCCAAACUGAAUUGGUUUCAAACCGUAGGCUUGGCCCUGAUGGCCGGUGCAAUAUGGUUUGACAUUCCCCGUACCGAAGAGUAUUUGCACGAUCUACAGGGUUGGAUGUUUUUUUCUCAAACCUACUGGAUGUUGUUUGCAUUAUUUGGCGCUCUUAAUUCGUUUCCAUCCGAACGUGAAGUGAUUAAUAAGGAAAGACGUUCGGGUUCAUAUAGAUUGUCAGCUUAUUAUCUGGCAAAAAUGUUUGGAGAAUUACCGUUAGUUGUAACAUUGCCAACUGUUUAUCUAAUGAUAUCAUAUCCAAUGUUGGGUUGUGUUAGUGUGGGAUUUUUCAUUGGCGCCUGUUGCAUGGAUAUGAAUGUUAGUAUAACGCUUAGCGCGCUUUAUACACUUGCCACACAAUUGUUUGGAGGUUAUUUAUCCACACGUAUUCCAGACUUUUUAAGUUGGAUACGUUACACUUCCAUGAUACACUACGCAUAUCAGAAUAUGCAAAUAUUGGAAUUUAGUGAAGGUCCACCAAUAGAAUGCAGUCAACCGAGUAGUUAUGAAGUCUGCAAGAGCAAUAACACAAAGUACAUUCCUUAUGAGGAAAUUCUCAAAGCCCAGAAUUCAUCCUCUCCGCUUUGGUUAAACACUCUAGUGCUAAUGAUGUUCUUUCUGGUAUUUAGAUGUUUCGGAUAUGCGGUACUCCGUUAUAUACGCUGUCCCAAGACGUGAUAAUAACAGUAGAUUAAUAGAAAAAGAAGGAGAUUAAUCGAUUUUUAAACUGUAUUACUACAACAAGUC